AUGGAAGUCGUCACAAACUUUAACAAUUCUAUUUCGUGCAAUGAACCCAAUGACAAUACAGCAGAUCAAAGCUUCGAAAAAUUCAUUAUACCAAGCGCAGUACAAUUUUGGACAUUUCUUAUCUUCGAAAUACCUUCACUAGCUUGCACCAUCUUCCUUCUCUACAAUUACCUGGCAAGUUCAAAGCUACGAAAUGCAUUGCAUAAUCAUAUUGUCAUCAUUCUUCUCAUUAUUGUUCUAUGUAUUGAGAUUUUCGACGAUCCACUAUACAUCGAUGCGUACCGCUUCGGUGGAGGAAAGAACUCUUUUACGAUGACGCCUAGUAUUUGUUUGAUGUGGUGGUUCAUUGACUAUGGAUUCUAUGGUGCCAUGUCUGUACUUCUUGCGUGGGGAUCAUUCGAGCGGCAUAUUCUCGUGUUUCAUCACCAUCAGUUGCUUCGGACAAGGAAGCAACGGUUUCUCGUUCAUUAUCUUCCAUUAAUUAUCAUUAUCACGUACACGUUGGUAUUCUAUAUUAUUGUAAUCUUUUUUCCGCCUUGUGAAAAUACCUUCCAGUUUCAGUGGUUAGGAUGUGGCUUUUCGCCGUGCUACGAAGCGGUAUGGUAUUUGAAUGUAUGGGAUUAUCUGGGGAAUGGUAUUUUGUGUACAUUCAUUGAAACUAUAUGUAGUGUUACACUUCUCGUUCGAGUUCUUUCUAAGAAGCGUCGUUUGCACCGACCAAUGUAUUGGCGGAAACAUCGGAAGAUGGCAAUUCAAAUUCUGUCGAUUUCAUUUUUGUCGUUAAUAAUCGUUUUCCCACAGUCGUUAAUCACUGUCAUUCAGCAAAUCGACGAGCCACGUCUGGGUGACUUCGGAGCGGCACUGAACGCAUAUUUAUUCUAUUUGUACAGUUUUGUCGUUUUCCUACUACCAUUUAUCUGUCUUAGCAAUCAAUCUGAAAUUUGGAAAAAGUUGCGCCGAUUUUAUCGCAAGCAUCGUCGAGUGAUUGGACCUGCAACAUUGGAUGUAGCACGUGUACGAUCAAUAGCGAUAAAAGCGCUACGAAAUAUACAAUAA